CGAAGGACCAAACCCUGCGUUUUCAUCCAAUAAAAAUUCCUCCGCAUUUUCCCUCGAUCUUUGCCCCCACUCAAUUGAUCCAUUUUCUUUAUUUCCAGUCUCCUCCUCACCGUUGUAAUCCAAGCUAGCAAUUAGCAGUUUCUGUUCUUGCAAAGAGAAUGGAAUUAGCGGAUCGAGCAGUUGGGUUUCUAUUAACUUUUACCAGUUUAUCCAUUUUCACAUAUUACACGUUUUGGGUCAUCAUCCUGCCAUUUGUGGACAGCGAUAACUUCAUCCACAACUAUUUCCUGCCCCAGGAAUAUGCCAUUCUGAUCCCCGUGUGUGCUGGUGUGGUGCUUCUUUCUCUCCUCUGCAUAUUUAUUGGGUUGGUGCUGCUCAAAUCCAAAAAGAAGAAGGCUUGAAGCUUUGUGUUCUUAAAACAUGACUUGGGUAUAGAUUUCCUUGUUUCCUUCGCUUUGAAUUUAAGCUUAGAGAUGAGAAUUGUGGUUAGCAUAUCUUAAUUUGCUAAGAUUGCUGCACUUUUGCACAACUGUUAUGGAUUUUUCCGUCUAAUACAUAGCUGCUGUAGAUAACUCGGUGUAUUUCUUUCUAUCGAAAUAGUUAAAGCCUAAAACGCUUAGUUUA